GGUGGUGACCCACAACUCUGCCACACUACCACUCAACCCUCAUCUUGGCCGGACUCUCAUCCCACUCUGCUCGUUUGGAUUCUUUGUGGCAGGGGGGACGAUUUUCUCAUUUAUGGAUUACACCUUCAUUUUUAGAUUGGUACACGAUUCCUGUGCGAUGGAAUCAGGAAAAGUGGAUUAUGACAACCUGGCUGAAUUUAUCCCAGGACAGAAGCUGGACAGGAGCAUUGGAUGUACAAUAUCGGAAAACAUACAGGCUGCUGCUUCUUCCUCCUGAUCUGAGACCAACAGCCUAAGUCAGCUGAGGUCGACACCAUGGUGACCUUCACGGAGACGACACAGGUUUCCCCCAUGGGGCUGUGCGAGCCCCCCUGCCUGACGGCAACCCUGUCACCCGGGCUGCGGCGGAAAAAGUUGCUGUGGCAGAAUGCUGUCAAACACAUCAUCAUCCAGCAGGAGCUCAGUGCUCAGGUUGGUGUGGAACCAGCACAAAAAAUAAGUGUGACAGAUGCCUACAUGGAGGAGAUCAACAGACAAAUCCGCAACAAGGGCUCUCGUGGGGUCACGAAACGUCGCUCCUCCACACUCAGAGUCCACCCCUCCCAGCCCAGGGGCUCGACCUGUCCACGCAGCAGCCUCGGCGGUUGUGACUACAACAGCGAUGCCGACUUCUUUGUGCACUGGGGCCGCACUAUUCAUGGGGUCUACAUACCCUCCCUGAGGCACACCUUCAAAUCCCGUGACCUGGAGAAACUCUACCAGCAGCACUCUUCUCACCAGAGACGCAACUCUCUAGCUAUCACAAACGUAAUCGACGCUGUGGCCAAGCUGCACGUGUUGGUUCUGUACCUGGCGUUGGCCCCUGAGGAUUUAAUAGACUCUGUGCGUGGCGGCCUGACGGGCCUUUUCAUGAUGUUCGCUAUCGCACUGUGCAUCGUGGUGUUGACCUGCAAAGACUCCUUGUCCCCGCGGUGGCUCCACUAUGCUGGCCUGGCUAGCUGGUUAUCGCAGACAACACAGGUGCUGGGAGGACUGGUAUACGGUCUAGAAAAAGACUCUUCGUGGUACGUUUUGUUCACGCUGUUCGCCACAUACACGCUGCUGCCCUUACCUCUGUUGUGGGCCAUGUGCGCUGGCUCCCUUACCUCAGUGCUGCACCUGCUGGUGGAGAUAGUGCACUACUACAAUGAUGCAAUGCUGUUGAGAAAGGUGUUUGCCAAAGGCCUGCUGUACCUGGGCAUGAAUACAGCCGGCCUGUUUAUCCACUACUUGACAGAUCACGCCCAGAGGCAGGUUUUCCUGGAGACGCGGCGCUGCAUUCAGGGUCGCCUCAAACUAGAGCAAGAGAACCAAAGACAGGAGCGUCUGGUGCUCUCAAUCCUGCCUCGCUUUGUUGCCUUGGAGAUGAUCGCUGACAUGAGCUCUUUGGAAGAUGAACUCAAUCCUCAGGAGUUUCACAAGAUCUAUAUACACCAGUACAAAGACGUCAGCAUCCUAUUUGCAGACAUCAAGGGCUUCACUCUAUUGUCCAUGAACCUGUCGGCUCAGGAUCUGGUGCGAACCCUCAACGAGCUCUUUGGACGCUUUGACCGUCUGGCAGAGGAUCACCACUGCCUGCGAAUCAAGAUACUGGGAGACUGUUACUACUGUGUGUCAGGGGUCCCUGAGCCACAGCGGGCCCAUGCUCGGUACUGUGUAGAGAUGGGCCUGGCUAUGAUCAGCACUAUACGGGAUGUGCGGAAGCAGUUAAAGUUUGACUUGGACAUGAGGAUUGGGAUCCACACCGGCUCUGUCCUAUGUGGAGUUCUGGGGCUACAGAAAUGGCAGUUUGACGUCUGGUCCUGGGACGUGGGCAUCGCCAACAUGCUGGAGGCCGGGGGAAUACCAGGACGCAUCCACAUUUCCAGGGCGACUCUGGACUGUCUACAGGGCACCUACAAGACAGAGGAUGGCCAUGGCCGCGACAGGAACGACUUUCUAAGGCGGCACAACAUCGACACUUUCCUCAUCUGCCCUCAGGAGGGAAGGUACAAGGUUGACCAUGCCGAACCGCCGAGAGUCCUGAAAACGAACCGAACGUGGAACCCAGAGAUGCCUUUCGGGAACGCCAUUGACAUGAACAGUAUCCUGGCUUCCUUUACAAAUGGCUCGCUGCCCAACAUAUGGCUGUCGACCUCCAAAGAGAUCAACAAACGCAUCCAGCAUGCUAUUGAGGUUCGCAGCAGUGAGCGUAUGCACAAGGAGCACAUCACCCCGCUCACCCUGGUGUUCAAGGACACGCACAUCGAGGACAUGUUCUUCCAGAUGAGAGACGAAAUGUUCAACUCCAACUUGGUCUGCUCCUUCAUCAUGCUCCUGUUUCUCAUGGCUGCCCAGGCCCUCAUCCCGGCUCCCAGGAUGUUUCCGGCCGUCCUCCAGUUUUCCGUCUUCUUGCUGAUCUACAUGCUGCUGCUGCUGUUGGCCCUGGCUGAAGAGUUCAAGUGGGCUCCUGCAUCGCUGCAACACCUCUGCUGCUGGAUCCAUGAGAACAACAGCGCCCGCAACCUGCUCACCCUCACCGCAAUCCUCAUCAACUUUGGCUUGGCCUCGACUGACAUGGUUUGGUGUCUUCUCGCUAGCACAGGAGAGGCCGAAAAGAUGGACAGAACUAACACAGCCUCGCGUCCCCUCACCGUCUGCACUUACCCUGAGGUGUUUGUGCUGAGUGUUGUGAUAGCCAUGGUCACUUGUGCCGUGUUUCUGCGUCUCAACUCCCUGCUGAAGCUGGCGGUCUUGCUGCUGGCGGUGGCCGUGUACUCUUACCUCAUCCACGUGGCCUUCCUCACGCUCGCACGCCACGAUAUGCAGCAGAACAUGUCUCAUUAUGUCCGGAGGAAAGGAAUCUCCAUUAUCUUCAUGAUGAUGUUUAUUGUUGCCGUCUUCUACAAUGGACGACAGUGGGAAGCCACUGCCAGACUGGACUUCCUGUGGCGUCUGCAGGCCCAACAGGAAGUGGAGGACAUGAGAGAGCUGCGGGAACACAACGAGUGUUUGUUAAACAACAUCCUGCCCAUGCACGUCGCCCGACAUUUCUUGGACCGGAGCAAGAAUGACGAGGGCAAAGUCCGCACCUAUUUCAUCAGCACCAUGCGCAGUAAGAUGGCCAACGUGGUGACAGAUGGCCGCACAGGGGCCCGCACGGCAGGACGCAUGACGCUGGCAGGAGUGGUGUUUGGUCUGGUGCAGGCCAGGAACAGGGAUAAGAUCAGAGAGGUCAACGGGGGUUUAAGUCUGGCGCCGUGCACCCUGAAGUGCUGAGUGGUCAGAUGACAGCAGGUAGAGGAGGACCCCCACCAGCCAUAUUGUUUCCACUGGUUUAACCUCAUGUCACACCUUUGCCAUAUCAGAAAUUAGCUGCACACUGGUCAUAAGUUCCAGCUUACCCUCCUUCCAUAACUGGGUCCUCCUCCGCUUCUCUGUCACCUAGGAAAUGUGAAUAAUAAAGGUUUUGGACAGUUUUGUUUUCAAGAGACUUACAUGGGAACUCUGUCAUCACCAGAACUCUGCAUUAUUGAUUUCAGUUUGUAGUGAACAAAGGCCAACAUUUGCUUUUGCUUUUUCUCAGACUUCAUAGCCAAAUCACAGACUACCUCAAAUCAGCCAGCUCAACCUUGCAUAGACUACCAAUGGCCUGUACUGACUCGUGUUGUCAAUGUAUUAUCAUGCAUGAUUUUUACAGUGCAGUACAUUUCAUAUUGGGAGUUCGCGCUUUAUUUUAUUUUCAUAUAUAGGACCAUCAGCUAAACAAUUUUAUCCUGUGAAGCAAGUUCCAGCUGACUUAGGGCCGGGGGUUGUUGGUUGUAGAGUAAACGCUGGAUAUCAUUAUAUUUUUAAUACAUAGAGCCAAUCAACCUUACCUGUAAGUAGGCCGGAGUACCUGGAGAAACAAACCCACACAUGGGGUUUGAACCCAGACACCCAGAAAUACAGCAAAUAGGUUGAUGCAAUUUAGCUCUAAGGUCACAUUUUCUUGAUAUCCUAAUACUUGUUAUCAAACUCCUGAUGUGUAUAUUAAAGCCAUCGUGUUAAAACCAAGUAAAGAUUGACUUCCUCUAUGUGAUUGACCCAGUAACUGAUAAUAUCAGAAUUUAUCUUAAGUAGGAAAACCCAAGAGGUUUGCCGAUGUAAAUCCAUUAACCAUUUACAAUGUAAAUUACCAAAAGUAUUAAUCAGUGUUUGUAUUAUACCUAUGAUUUUAUUGUUUAUAAAAAAAAGAAAUACUGGGCUGGGAAUUUAAAAUAGUCAUAUUUUCUUUUUCAUUUGUUUUCUGAGGUAUGUUGUGUUUAUUUUUCUAAAUGAUUUUUACAAAGACAUUUUAAUAGCGUACAAUUUCUGUUAAUAAAACCAGUGACA